UGUGGACAUACGUCAAUACUUGCCUAUCACGGUAUCACCGUCAAUCUUUCUUUUCCCAAGCAUCAUCCUAUUUCGUUUUCCCGGUUCUCCUAAUAUCCCACUUUCUACAACCAAACAUGUCACCUUUUUACUUUUUCCGCUGCCGUUGGAAUCUCUGGAGAUCACUCCACAGCUAGUCUAAUAUAGCUGCAGCCUUACUAUCCGAAAACACUCAAUUGCUACAUCUCGCCAAACACCAUCUUUGAGGGGUGAACCCCACAAUUCCCCCCUGACGACCAGCCCUCACACAGCAACCGUCUCAGCGAACAAUUUGGCGUGCUUGUCAAAGUGUGCUUCUCGACCAGUCAAUCCAUCGGCCACCGCACCCGAAAGAUCUGAUCCGAGGUGCAGGGAAUGUCAAACGAACCUCACGACGCCAACAGCUCAUCCCUACAGGUUGGCAAGGUGGCAAGGAGGCACUAACGUAAGAGACUUUGGAGUUUUGACAUUGGGCCUGCCAUCGGAUCACAGGAAUCGUCCAAUAAUUCGCCUACGCACGCCAGGCCAGACCAGACCAGACUAGGUCUGGCGGUUAAACGGUCCCAACGGUCCACUCCCGCUCGAACACCCGCCAAGCUGCACAGGUUCGACUUAUCUUUCCGACCAAUCUUCCCGAAACCUUGGUACCCUUUACAACAUUUUGCUCGAACCCUAUUGCGCCCGUCAAUUCUAUGCUGUCGCACGCGGCAGGCCGUUGUCGCUUUGGUGCAUAUUUGCAAAUACAAAAAAAACGAACUGGAUUAAAUCGAUAGACCCAAACCACAAGAUAAGAAACGAACCAAAUAAGCAGUACAAGAAAACACGGCAAUCUUGGGGGUUGAAGCUCCCCAGAGUCGCCGCGGUGACGAGCUUCGUCCUUGCUCUAACUACCCGACGACAAAACUUUCCGACGAGUCGCACCAAACCGAGCAACCAUGGAUGCAACAACGGAAGCCAUGGCGACGGCGCAUGAGCUUUACGCCCGUUCCGGUGGUAUUGGCGGCGGCGACGCUGCUUCACGACCUCCCAUAUUCAAACUCGUCGGUAUAAUACUGGCCAUUUCUUCUGGCGCCUUUAUCGGCACUUCGUUCGUACUCAAGAAGUACGGCUUGCUGAAGGCCAACGAAAAGUACAACGAGGAACCUGGCGAGGGCUACGGAUACCUCAAGAACUUUUGGUGGUGGACUGGCAUGAUCUUGAUGAUCAUUGGAGAGAUAUGUAACUUUGUUGCGUAUGCCUUUACCGAUGCCAUUUUGGUCACACCGCUCGGAGCUCUGUCCGUCGUCAUCACAGCCAUCCUAUCUGCCAUAUUCCUCAAGGAGCGCCUCAGCUUGGUCGGCAAGGUGUCUUGCUUCCUUUGCAUCGUAGGAUCCGUGGUCAUUGUCAUGAACGGCCCACAAGAGUCGUCCGUUGCAACCAUUGAGCAGAUGCAGUCCUUCGUCAUACACCCGGCAUUUCUUUCCUACACAGGCGUGAUUGUUAUCGGCAGUGCUAUCACCGCCUUCUAUUGUGGACCGCGCUGGGGCAAGAAGAAUAUGCUUGUCUACAUCUCCAUAUGCUCGUGGAUCGGAGGCUUGAGCGUGGUUGCAACACAGGGCCUGGGAGCUGCAAUCGUCACCCAGAUUGGGGGUAAGCCGCAGUUUAACCAAUGGUUCACUUAUGUGUUGUUGGCUUUCGUCAUUGCAACCUUGCUCACUGAAAUCAUCUUCCUGAAUAAAGCAUUGAAUCUCUUCAACGCUGCCAUGGUCACACCUACCUACUAUGUCUACUUUACCAGCACCACAAUCAUCACCUCCACCGUCUUAUUCCGAGGAUUCAAGGGCACACCCACGUCCAUCAUCACGGUGGUCCUAGGAUUCCUCACUAUCUGUGCAGGCGUCGUAUUGCUGCAGCUUUCCAAGUCCGCAAAGGACGUUCCCGAUACUGCCGUUUUCAAUGGAGACCUUGACCAGAUCCAUACCAUCGCCGAACAGGAGCAGCCAGAGACAGAGCCCAAAGCAGAUGCCAUUCGUGGAACUGCCGCUAUUGUCCGAAGGCUUUCAUCUGCCCGAAUGCGUAUGGAGGCAGAGGAGCUUAAGCGGUUGCACGAAGAAAAACAAGCCGAGACUCUGGAUCCUGUGAAUGAGGAUGCCAUGGCGCAAUAUGAGUGGGAUGGUCUCAGAAGGCGCAGGACUACCUACGGCAGUCGGAGAUCACGAGCCAUGACCUCGCCCAAUCCAUUUGUAAUCCCACCCCCAACACCUCACCCGCCUCUUGGUUGGUCGCAUUUCCCUACACAGGAAGAACUCGACGCUCUCGAACGGCCCUCUACGCCAGGCGCCAUGUCCAGCAUUGUUGGGACAAUCCGCUCCAGGGCCAGAAGCAUAAUGGUGAAGGAUGGGGAUACUCCGGCAAGGCACAGCGCGCGGCCAGGCUUGGAGAGCAUCCAUAGCCCCAUGCAUCCCGUCCAACUGACCGAGGUCAACUUGCAGCAGACAGGACAAGACCUGGAAGCUGGGUUGUACCCAGAGAAGAAGGAUGGAAAGUACUACCAAGGCAGCACCCUGAGCGUCCCCGGGACUAGUCGCAGCGCACCUGCUGGAAGGCACAGAGGCCCUUCAAACGCCAGCGACCUGAGCAGCCUAGGCCCACCGCCGACGCCACCGCCGCACGGCGGCGCACGUCGACAGUUUAGCUUCCAAAAGAUGGGCUUUGGCCUAGGGAUGAGGGGAAGCGGUGCAAGCCAGCACCAAGCAUCCCCAUCGCCGGGAGGUUUCGGGUCUGACGGUAUCGAGGAGGCAAGACCGCGUACGGGACGGGGAUACUCAAGUCCGAUAACCAAGGGUGCUAGCGAGGAGGAGAGAGUAGGGCUCGUGACAAACGACGUCAAGUCAUUGCCUACGUUGCCUCGAUAUGACGAGGUAUCGGAGGAGAAUGAGCUUUUGCCCGAAGAGGGUGGCGCCUACAGCGACGAGAGUAGGAGGACGCCGCCCAGAGCGAAAUACGGCCGGGGCAUCACCGAGAGCCCUCCAAGAGCCCGACAGACGCUGGAAGAGGCCGAAGAAGCCUCCCUGGCUGAGUACGAGGCAUCUCGGAAGAGGUUCAACGAUACUCGGGCAGCAAGCCGUGAUCGGUCCGGGGAUCCAGGCUCCUCGAGGGAUCGUGGGAGUCCGCCGGCCAGACAAUCACGAAGGCCGCCACCAGGCGGCAAUAACGGGGCGUUUAUCUGAUUUGACGACUACUUGUCAUCUUUGUGGAUCACUGGGAGGCUUUUUUCUCUUAUCAUUGUAAUAACGAACUUUGGGACGAGUGCACACAAGAGCAAAAGCAAAACGGGCGAGCAUUGGUCGAGCGGCUGAAUUGGUUUCGCAUAUGACAAGGCAAAUAACGGUUUUUAUCUCUCGAUUUGGCUUGGUUUCCUUCAUCCCAUGGCCUGCUCACCAGGCAAUAAUGUAACAACAGCAAUCACUUGACGUCGACAGUGCAGACAGAGGAUUUGUUUUUCUUGCACAUGAGGAGUAUAUUAUACACGAAUAUAUGUAGAUUAGUUGGACUGUACGGUCACAAUACAAAAUGAACAGUAGUCAAGCAAAGCAAAGUAAACGAUUCGAGCCGAA